AUGGCGAUUGAAAAGAACAGUUUCAAGGUCGUUGCCAGUGCUCGAUUAGAGUCUGAGUUUUCUUCUCGUAGUCGUGAAGAAAGUAUGUCUAGUGAAGAUGAUGACUUUCAGAGGCGAGGAGGUGUUGAGUUGGAUGAAGAUGAAGACGAUUAUGAAGAUUGUGAUUCCGGUGCAGGUUCUGAUGACUUUGAUUUACUCGAAUUGGGUGAAACUGGUGAAGAAUUUUGUCAAAUUGGGGAUCAAACAUGUAGCAUUCCAUUCGAGUUAUAUGAUCUUCCAGGUUUAGGCGAUAUUUUAUCCAUGAAUGUUUGGAACGAUGUUCUUACAGAAGAAGAACGGGUAAGUCUUACAAAAUACCUUCCCGAUAUGGACCAAGAACAUUUCAUGAGAACAAUGAAAGAACUCUUAACUGGUUCCAAUUUUCAUUUUGGAGUUCCAAUACAUAAACUUUUUGACAUGUUAAAGGGAGGUUUAUGUGAGCCAAGAGUCUCACUCUACAGACAGGGACUUGGGUUCUUUCAGAAACACAAACACUAUCACGUCAUCAGAAAGCAUCAGAACACAAUGGUGAAUAAUCUCAUUUCAAUACGCGACGCUUGGACAAAGUGUCGCGGAUACAGCAUUGAAGAAAAGCUUCGUGUGUUGAACAUUAUGAAAAGUCAAAAGAGCUUAAUGUAUGAAAAGAUGGAAGAACAGGAAACCGAUUCAUCUGAAUUUGAAGAAUCCACAGAUGGGUUAUGGGGCAACAAGAAGGUUAAAGAUCGUAAACAGAAACAUGCUCAUUAUCCAGGUUAUCGAUCCAGUCCAACAUUAGCUUUAGAACAACCAAAUAAACAAAACCCAAAAGGAACCCUAAAAGUUUCUGGAUCAAAAAUGGGUACGGGUUCCAUUGAAGUAAAGCCAGGUCCUUCAGGGUCAACCAGGGCUUAUGGGUUUGUAGGCAAUGAUGAAGAAGAAGAAAGAACAAUGUAUGAGGUUGCUGUUCAUCGAGAUCAUAAUGCUUCAAUAAACAAAUCAGGGAAAAAGUUUAAAGGUGUCCAUGAUGAAUUUCCUGAAACUUACAUGGGUUUACCUGUGUCAUUGAGGACAGAUAUGCAUACUUUUGGUAGAAACAGAACUGUAAAUUCAUUGUCAGAUAUCAAGGUAUUAACUUCAAGACCUUCUAAUAUAAGGGUACCUUAUGAUUAUGGGAAAAAACUCAAACGCCCUGAGAAUAAUACUCUGUAUACUAGAGGUGAACCAUUAUGGCAUAACCAAGAGCCAAUCGAUCCACCCUACAGAAUGGGGCAGAAGAAGGGUAGAAUGGUCAAUAAUGGCGGACGGGUGGUGGCAGCUGCUGAAGGAAUGAAAAUGCUGGCAAAAGGAGAGGAAACAGAGUCUGAUUCAUCUGAACAAUUUGGGGAAGAUGAUGAUGAUAAUAACCCUUUAAUGAGAAGCAAAUGGGCUUACCCUAGUGGUGGAUCCGGUAUAAAACCCGGGUCAAGUUUAAAAAAAGGUAAAAACAAUAAUAAUAAUUCAAGAAAGAAUGGUGAUUUUCGUGAUGUCAUGCUUCCUGGAGGUGAAGAGAUGUAUACUCUGAAAGGAAAACAGAAGGGUAAGUUUAAUAAUACACAUGGGAUGAAUCAUUUUGAUGAUUUUAAUGGUGAUGUUGAAGUUUCUGAAAUGUUUCAAGUGCCCUUGCGAAAGGCGUACCCUGGUGGGAUUGGGAAGAAGCAAAAAGACUAUUCUACCCUUCCGAUGAUUCACAUGAACGAUUAUCUUGAGGACCCUUCUGUUGGAAGGUCUGGUAAAAAAGGUCAAAUCUUUGAAGGGUAUCCUGAAAUGGGAGAUGUAAGGUUAUUAGGGUGCAACUCGGUUAACUCAGUGUCAAAAAAACGAAAGGUAAAAGAUGAAUUGAUGUAUAUGGAUGAACAAGAGAAUCUUGGAUACUCAAACUCAAGCCCACAACAACAACCACUUGAUGAUGUUUCCUUCCUUAAAAAAAGGAAAUGGUCGGAUACAAUUCCUUUUGAAAACAUGAUGAAUGAGCAAAUUAUGGAUACAACAGAGGAAGAUUUGGAGUUAGAAAAUAAAACCCAAAAAAAACCCUUCACUUUAAUCACUCCCACAGUUCACACGGGGUUCUCAUUCUCCAUCAUCCACCUUCUGUCAGCUGUACGCAUGGCAAUGGUCAGUCAACUUCCGGAAGAUUCCAUGGAUGUUGAGAAGACUCACAAUGGUGAAGAAACAAAGCAAGAAGUCAUCAAUGGAGGAGAUCAAGGUCCAACAACUUCCGAUCCUUCUUCUGUAAACCCUAAUCUCCCAUCUUUGACCGUGAAAGAUAUAGUCAACCGGGUCCGGUCAAACCCCGGAGACCCAUGCAUUCUUGAAACACAAGAGCCACUUCAAGAUUUAGUACGCGGAGUCUUGAAAAUCUUCUCUUCAAAAACCGCACCUUUAGGAGCAAAAGGAUGGAAAUCCCUCGUUUUAUAUAAAAAAUCAAUCAAAAGCUGGUCAUGGGUGGGUCCCGUUUCUCAAAUUUCAUCCGAUGAUCAAGAAAUAGUCGAACAAGUAACAUCCCCCGAAUCGUGGGGCCUACCCCACAAAAUGCUGGUCAAACUCGUUGACUCAUUCGCCAACUGGCUAAAAAGCGGACAAGAAACAUUACAACAAAUCGGGAGCCUCCCUGCUCCUCCACUAACACUAAUGCAACUCAAUUUGGAUGAAAAGGAAAGAUUCCGUGACUUAAGAGCUCAAAAGAGUUUAAAUACAAUAAACCCGAGUUCCGAAGAAGUCCGGGGGUAUUUUCGGAAAGAAGAAAUUUUGCGGUAUUUGAUCCCGGAUCGCGCGUUUGCGUACACAGCCGUCGACGGUAAAAAGUCGACCGUGGCGCCGUCGAGAAAAGGCGCGGGGAAACCGACAUCGAAAGCGCGGGACCAUUUCAUGCUGAAACGUGACCGGCCGCCACAUGUCACGAUCCUGUGCCUUGUCCGGGACGCGGCUGCCCGGCUGCCCGGAAGCAUCGGGACCCGGGCGGAUGUUUGUACUUUGAUACGGGAUUCUCAAUAUAUAGUUGAAGAUGUGUCGGAUGCACAAGUGAAUCAGGUUGUGAGUGGGGCGUUGGAUCGGUUGCAUUAUGAGCGGGACCCGUGUGUGCAGUUUGAUGGAGAGAGGAAAUUGUGGGUUUAUUUGCAUAGAGAGAGAGAAGAGGAGGAUUUUGAGGAUGAUGGGACUUCGUCUACUAAGAAAUGGAAGAGGCAGAAGAAGGAAUCCGGUGAGGGUGCGGACCAGGGGAGUGUCACGUUGGCUUACCGUGGGCCCGGGGAACAAACGGGUUUUGAUUUGAGUUCGGAUUUGAAUGUGGACCCCAUGGGUUUUAAACACAAGUGUAUCUUGAUGAUUUUUUUUUUAAAGGACUAUGAUGUGGUGUCGUUAUUCAUACAUACGGGCUUAUCUUUUUAUGCAGAUGAAUGGUCUUGAUGUCUGAUGUGAUGUGAUCGAACCCCUGCCCUUGCAAAAUGGAAGCUAAUUUGAGAAGGGUGAAUAAGGAAAUAUGGUGUAGUAAUAAAAUGUUGAGAAAAGAAUGGGUUUUUGAGAAGAAAUCAGUGGUUGAAGUUUGAAGGAUGAAAUAUGAAUAUGUAGUAGUUUGGUGGUGGUAUAUAAUUUUUUUUUUGGUUAAUUAUGAUUUAUGCAUAUAUGCUCUACGGGUUGUUAAUAUGAUGAGGAGACCCAUGGAUUGUUGAUGUCUUUUGUUGACUGAAAACUUUUUAAAUGUUUCUAUGUUUGUAGGGGAGAUG